GUGUGGGAUAUUAUCCACCUCACUUCAAGAAACUCCGGCGCAAAGUGGAAAUGGCAGUGGUGCCGGUGUCUCUCGGAGAAAAGAAAACGAAAGGAAUGUACGAAGGGAAACAACUCUGUGUUACGGGGAGGUAAGCGACCGGAAGUCGUGGGAGUCGGCCGCCAGCUGAUCGUCGUUGGGUUUGAGACUAUGGCCAGGAAGCCAGUUUAUGGAGACAGGUGGUCAGAGAGUUGCUUGGAACGUACAGAAAGUCUUGGGCUAAAAAUUUUUCAAAGGGCAGCAACACGCAAAAUCGUAUGGCCUGCAGACAGGAUUCAUAGCGUCUGCGCCCAAGACCCAGUGGUACCUGUAAGCCUGGAUGAAGCCUUUAGUACUAUGUUGAACUUCAUGUCUUUGUCUUCAUGUCAGUGCAAGCGUUACUUUAAAAGUGCUCAUUCCAACAAAUGGAGUGCACAUGACUAUCUACACUGUAGCAGGUAUCACACCCCACCAGCAAGUACAUCUAGGUCAUCCCAAAGAAACCCGCUGCAUUGUGAUGAAACGGUUCAUGUGCUCUUGGCACCUGGCACCUAUUCAGUGACUGCAGGAAAGGACUCCAAUGUGACUCAGACACAUAUUGUGCAUGUACAUAAAGGAGAAGCUGUGAACCUGGAUUUUGUACUUUGAAGUAGUCUUUAUGAUCCAGCUUGGUACUUGAGCAAUGGAGAGUGCAAUUUUUAUACUUUUUUCUUUAACAAGGCCAAAAUCUUUCUCAGCUGGUAUGAAGAAUAUUUAUUGUUUUGUUCAUUUUUGGGUUAGGAUAUUUUAUUUGAUAUAUUUUUUAUUUGCUCACAUGCAAAAAUAUGGUUAAUAUAUAUACUCGUAUCUUCUGUUAUUAUCUAAAUACUUGAGGACUAAUGUGUAUUUCAUAUCUCCACAAGAUAAAAUAUGCUAUAUUAGCAUUUCUUGUUACUACUUGCUUUCAAGGGUCUACCCAAUUACUAGAGUGCUAUGUCCACAUUGUCCAGAUGUACAGCAAGUGUUCAGGUAUCACUCGUAAAUAUUCUGGGGGCAAAAGCCAAAUAUUCUGUCAUUUUUACCAAUUUUGUUUUUAAACUGUACAUCUUGCGUUAGGCCUCAUUCAGAUGACCACUAGUUAUCUACAUUUGUGUUUCCAGCAUCAUGCCCACAGGAAUGUUUUACAGUAUACCUAAAGCCAAACAAAAGCCUUAAGUGACUUCAUAACUUCAAUUUUGAUACAAUAUAUUACUAUUUCUCCUCGUGUGCCAUUUAUUCUGGUGCUGAAUCCUGAGACGCAGAGGUUUUAAGCUCAAGUAAAUCAGUUUUGUCCAUAUUGUCCACAGGACAAACUUUUUCUGGCAUAGUAGAUUCUAUGAAAAGUAGUUUUAUGCAAUCCUUAUAAUGCUUAAAUAAAAUGAGAAUAUACAUGUAUACUUUUUUGAAGAUGUGUUAAUAAACAUUUUUUAAAAUACUGAA